CAGAGGCAGGGGCCUCUGGGCGGGGCCGCGCGUCGUGAGCGCGCCUCGGCAGGGCCGAGCUCCCAGCACCGUGGUGCUUCCGGCAGCGGGAGGCGGCGCCGAGCGGGACCGAGAGGCGCGGGCGGCGGCCGGGGAGGCGGAUCUGGGACGAUGUCUGGGGAAGUGCCACCCAACAUUAACAUCAAGGAGCCUCGAUGGGACCAGAGCACUUUCAUGGGCCGAGCCAGUCACUUCUUCACUGUCACUGACCCCCGGAACAUUCUCUUAACAGACGAACAACUAGAGAAUGCCAGGAAAGUGGUGCAUGACUACAGGCAAGGAAUAGUUCCCGCCGGCCUCACGGAAAAUGAGCUGUGGAGAGCCAAGUACGCGUAUGACUCGGCUUUCCACCCGGACACAGGAGAAAAGAUGACCCUGAUAGGGAGGAUGUCGGCGCAGGUCCCGAUGAACAUGACCAUCACGGGCUGCAUGAUGACCUUCUACAGGACCACACCGGCUGUGCUUUUCUGGCAGUGGAUAAACCAGUCCUUCAACGCUGUUGUCAACUAUACCAACAGAAGCGGCGAUGCUCCCCUCACUGUAAAUGAGCUGGGAACGGCCUAUGUUUCUGCAACAACCGGCGCUGUUGCGACAGCACUAGGCCUCAAUGCCUUAACCAAGCACGUCUCACCACUAAUAGGACGGUUUGUUCCCUUUGCUGCUGUAGCUGCUGCUAACUGCAUUAAUAUCCCGCUAAUGAGACAAAGGGAACUUAAAGUUGGCAUUCCUGUCACUGAUGAAAAUGGCACUCGCUUGGGAGAAUCGACCAAUGCUGCAAAGCAAGCUAUCACACAGGUGGUCAUCUCCAGGAUCCUCAUGGCAGCCCCUGGCAUGGCCAUCCCUCCAUUUAUCAUGAACACCUUGGAAAAGAAAGCCUUUCUGAAGAGGUUCCCGUGGAUGAGUGCACCGAUUCAAGUCACCUUGGUUGGCUUUUGUUUGGUGUUCGCCACGCCCCUGUGCUGUGCUCUGUUUCCCCAGAAGAGCUCCAUGUCUGUGACAAGCUUGGAGGAUGAGUUGCAAGCCAGCAUCCGAAGGAGUCACCCUGAGUUACUGCGCGUGUACUUCAACAAGGGCCUGUGAGGCCAAGGUCUAGUCCUGGAGGGUCCUGCUGCCGUCUGUGAAUCUCCUGAAGCCACAGCAGGGAGCAAGUGUGUGUGACAGGCACUCCCAGCCGAAAGCCUCUGCAAGAUCUGCAUUAGAGUCCAGCUGCCGCUCAGGAGCCUGGCAUUUGAAUCAUGUUGUAAUUUACAAAACAAUGCCCUUCUGGUAGAUUUUAAGGACACUGAUUUUUCAAAGCCACCACCUGGAGCUCUCGACAGCGCUGGCAGGCCUAGCGUAGUGCUCCAGCCACACACUCAGUAAACGCCGCUCACCGAUCAUUGGAAAGGUCACCUGUUCAGCUACCAGUCCUUUCUACCUCUGUGCCACAGAGGCCUCAGCAAGGAAACUGGGAAAGCACAAAAGGCCUAAGACUAAAUACCCAAGUUUAAAUACUAAGGGAAUUUUGUCUCCAGUUGCCAAUGGAUCAGCCCAAAGUAGGUGGUGAUAAGAAUUGAGGUUCAGAGUGGAAACACUCCUUACACCUUCCCAGCAGGAUGGGAAGCCUUCCCGUGGCACUGGCUUCUGUCGGUUAACUUUUCAAUCUGUUUAGUGCUUCUAAAAUAUUACUCUUACCUCACAGGUAUUCUAUAGUCAUGAAUUUCCAUCAAAUAAUCAACUGAAAUGCACAAGUGCCAGGGUUUGGGAGUGUACUCAGCACCUGUGGAGAGUGCCCGACUGGGAGAGUCGAGUGUUUUCAGAAGUGAAACCACAGUUCUUAGGUUCUAUAUGCCAUUUCCAUCCCCCCCACCAUUCUUGUAGAAUUCUUUGGCUUUCAGGAAGAUACAAAAAUACAUUAGCAAGUCAGCAACAGUGAAUGUUGUGCUGUGUCUCACCCUGUCUAAAGCUUCUUGAUGUGUCCACGUCUCUACCGUGAUUUCACAUGUCAGAUGUUCCGUGUGGCCGAGGUCCCACUGGAAGUCUGUGGAUGUUCCAUGUCAAACAAGCCACUUGCUACACCAAGUGUAAAUCAUUGUAAUUCAGAGAUUUGUAAGUUAAAAGAAAAAAUGGAGACUGUCUAGUUUCUGUAGAUCCUUUUUCCCUGAUAAUGUGUCUGAAUUGAAUUUCCUCAUAAAGGAAAAAGUGCUGUGCCUUGUGCCUGUGUUUCUCUUUUCUCUGAAAGGGUGAAUGGCUCUGAGGCUCUCAGCCCUUCCCCGUGCUGCUGGAAUCUUCAAGUUGAAAGCCAAACCACUUGGAAUGCAGUUUGUGAUGUUCUGGCCUUGGACAAGUCUUGCUGCCUUCAGCGCUUUUGUUCAAAUGGAGGCAGAGCACUGCAGGUGCUUAAAAGACACGUGUGAGAAGCCCGGAGACCUUGAGGUCCGCCUGCCAGCCGAUCCCAGAGUUCUUGCCCUGUGCAUGUGCAGCUCUGGGAACGUGAAAACUCGGUAGCUAGUUGGGAGACUGACCAGCUCACCCAAGUGUCAGCCCAUGUGGAGCGUGAACCUCGCAGGAGACACGCCGCCGAGCUCCUUUAGAUUUGGGUUGUUUUUGUUUUUGUUUUUGUUUUUUUCUAAGUUUCGGCCUCUUAGUGCUUUUGUAUAGGAAUACUCACUAUGUGGUUUAACCAUGCUUUAAAAAGAAAAAAAAAGAACAAAUGAGUGAAAAUUGGCAAUCUUUGCUGAUCUUUUAAUGAUACCUAUUUUUUCCCAGAAAAAAAAAAAAUCCAUAUGAUGUGCAAUACGGUGACUAGUUAAUACUAUUCUAACUUGAGGUAGAGCUGUGUGUGUGACUGGCUAGCAGCUAUCAGUAUUAGUGAGGUUUCGUGCCAAUCUCAGAGCCAAUGUGUCAUUUCAGUGUAACUGGAUGAGAUGUUAAAUAAAUGCAGAAUGAAAACAAA